AUGUUGAAGUAUGACCAACAAACCAUUGGAGAAGUCCUCUUAUAAUCCUGUCCUAAGAUAACCAACACAAUCAAGAAUUUGAAGGAAUUCCAAACUGAAUAGGAACUUAAUCCAAAUGAGAUAGUCAUAGACAUGAAGGAUAAGUUGUUGAAAGAAGUCUUGGAAGCCAAGAAAAUCAAUGAUGUUGAAUAAGUGUUACGUCUUUAUAAUCAAAUAACCUACCAGCAUUUUAACAAAUUGCUUCCUGAGAAGUAUGUCUCAUUGUACAUUGAGAGAAAUAACGCAGCCUUGAAUGAAAAUGCCUUUGAAUCAAGUGUUCUUAGUAAGUUUUGGUAGAAAUCGAGGUUGUUGGAGAUUGAGAUUAAGAGUGAUAUCAUCCACGUCAAGGAAGUUCAAGUCAAUUAAAGAGAUUUCAUUAAUUAAUUAGCUUAGAUGAAUACAAAUCUUGAGAAGAGCAUUUUAGAGUUGAGUAGGAACUUGUGAUAUUUGUUGUUGAAAUUAUAUAUAAAAAAGUAUAUCAAUAAUUAUAUUAAUAA